ACUCUCAACUCUCAGGAAGUCCUCAAAUUUGGCGUAAAAAUAUAAAUAACGACAAAAUUUUAUUAGUAAAUGAAAAUUAAGAGUGGUCCAAUCCGAUCCCAUCGUAAAUGCGCAGGAAGGCGUUGCAGCGGCGUCGCUCUGCUGGCCGAGAAAACGAUCCACCACAGCUCGGAAGGCACGACCGGCAGGACAACCGCUCCCAACGAGCGGAGACGUAUCCCUCGAUCCGAAAAGGAAAGCCACAUUGCGACCCCAACAAGAACGAGGCCACCACACGGUUGGCCAACACCCUCGAGGCCGAUGGCAGUGGGCGACCCUACGACAUGGUCAAAGACGACGUGCUGCUCGCUUGGCAGCAAAGUCCUCACAAGGACACGUUGGGCUUCUAUGGCGUAGGAUCGCCCACCCACCAGCCCGAGUCGGUGGUGUUCAACCAGGUGGUGGCCGCCUGCUUGGUCAAGGUCAACGGCGGCGGCACUCAGCGGAGGAUCCCUAAACAGGAUAAAAAGCCAUCCCCAAGGGAUACGUUAGCGCAAAAGAACCGUACCCCUCAGAUUUGCAAGCCUUUUGUCUUAAACCGCCACGCAUUGCAGUCUGAUCUACAGCAGAUUCCCCACGUUCAACAGCAACUGGAUCCGCGACAGGCUUUCGGGACGCUAUACUGCACUGAUCAUAAUCAAGUUCCUCACGAUUCCACUAGAGUGGCACGCCAGAUGUACACCGGCAUUUCCAGACAUCAAGUUUCUAACAUUGAGCCAGCAAGAAAAAAAGACCCACGUGGUCUGCGCCAUCCCCAGUGGUACUGCCCCCCGGAUGGCUUGGAGCCUCGCCAUGGGUGCACCCAGUACGAGUGGGCCAAGCGCAAGCUGGAUCCUAAUCCCAAUAACAAUGAGUUUCGGCAUUGUCCGCAAGGGAAAGAUGAACACAAGAGUCCGGAACCACUGAACUACGAUCAGCUGUAUAGUAGAAUCAUUAAGUGCUUUGAGCCAAAGCCUUCUCCAGAUCCGCUUUGCGAGCCCUAUGAGAAGUGCUGUAAGCCGAAAAGAUCCCAUGGAAAGGAUAAUCAAGGAGGAGGUGACAGUCAAAUACCCAAAGGACCCAGUAGGCCCACAAAGUCUUCGGGCGAUCCAGGUAAUCCAAUUGGACACGGAAAUCGCGAACCAGGAGAGGAAGAUAAAGUAACUAUAGUGCGAGAUGAUGGAAACGGAGAUAGAGGGGACAAAGAAAAUGACAAGGAUAAAAAUCAAUUCGUUAAUAAAGAUAAGCCAAGAGUUUCAAUUAAGGAAAAUGAUAAUGAUGGUGAUCAAAACAACGAUAAAAAUAAAGACAAGGUCGUAAAUUUUAAUCAAGAAGAAAAUAAAUAUAAAAAUCAGGAUAGAUACAAGAAUAAAGAGGACAAAGAAAAAGAACGAGAAAAGAAAAAAAGGGAAAAGGCGAAAGAAAAGAAAAAAGGCAAGGAUAAAGAAACAGAAAAGAAGAGAGAAAAGGUAAAGAAAAAGAAAGAAAAGAACAAGGAAACGGGAAAAGGAAAGGAAAAAGCAAGGGAAAGAGAUAAAGAAAAUUAUAAAGGAAUUGAAAGACCAAGAGAAAAAGAAGAAGGCGAAAGAAAAGAAAGAGAAAAGGAAGAAGAAGAAAACGAAAUAGAAAAUGAAAAUAACAAGGAAAAAGAACUUGGAAAGGAACAGGAAAUAGAAAAAUUUAAAGAAAGGGAAAGACCACAUGAAAAGGAUAAGCCAAUGGAACGAGAACAAGAAAGGGAAGAAAAGGGAAAGCAAGAAGAAAAAGAAAGGGAAAGAGGAAUUGAAAAAGAAAGAGAAAAAGGAAAGGGGAAAGAAAAAGAAGUUAACAAGGAACAUGAAACUGGAAAACAAAAGGAAGACAAAAACAGAGGAAAGGAUCAAUUUCCAGAAAAGGGCAAAGAAAAAAAGCAACAAAAACACAAAGAAAAAUAUAAAGAUGAAGAUAAAAUCAAAGACAUGGAUUUAGAAUAUGAAAAAUAUGACCGUGAUGAUAUUAAAAUUCCAAACAAUAAAAAGAACAAAAAUAAAUCAAACGAAGAUAGUAAAAUUGAAGAAAAUAAACCGAACAGCAACCUGCCAGAAGUGACCUCGCGAUUCUUCGAUAUCCCCGUGGAUAUGGAGUUCGAUAAAACUAUCAAAAGAGGAACUAGGGUGGAAGAUUACGAAUUUCCAGCCCUAGAAAUUGUCAGGGACGAGCCAGCGGCUCCGACUUGUAAGCUAAAGGAUCCGCCCAAGAAAAAGAAAAUGAAGAGGAUUAAGAAAGUUUGCAAGGAUAAGCCCAAGAAAGUCUGUCCACCUUGUCCACCGGCAGGUUGCCAGUGCGAGAUCUGUCACUUCAUGGAUCGCCCUUUCAACGAACAGGAGGCUCCCUUCAUGCGGGAAAUGAGGCGUGUGGAGCAGAAGCGCCAGCUGCGUGCCUAUUACCGCCAGAUGCGCCAUCAGGAAUACAUCCGGGAUCGAUGCAAGACAGAGUACCGGGCGCCCAGGCACCAAUGCGAUCCGAUCUACUGCUCCAACUUCUUGUGCCAAAAUCCCCGACUCGCCGAGCACUGCGAUUGCCUGGGAGCCGUCCAGGAGCUGCAGAAUCUUCUCUCCGGCUCCAAGGACAACGAGGAUCACAGCAGACUGCUCCUGCGCGUCGAGAAUCUCCGGAAACGCGUUUGCCAGCGAAUGUGCGAUUGCAUUCUGGCGUGAACUGGAUCGGAGGUCUUUGUGUUUGAGAAAGUACCUAUGUGUGUAUGGAAUAUGUUUGGCUCCUUGGAGUAUCUGUUUUAUAUUAAACAAGACAU